CUCGCGCGACCAGCCUCCUCUUCCAACGUCACAUUGUGCAAGAGACAAAACCCGGGCGCGCUGGAGCUCACACGCGCACGCACGGCAGACGCCCCGGUCGCCUCCUCUCUGUUCCUUGCGCGGUAGAGAAAGCCGGCCCAGCUUUGCUUUGCUGAGGACGCGGAGCUCAGCCGGCUCCCAGCGCAGUUCAGAGCCAAGGCGGGAGGUGAACCCAGCCGAGGGACCACCUUCAAUCAACGCUGCCUGCCAGGCUGAGUCGUCCUACUCAGUCCCAUCCCCCUCCCAGAACUCUGAUCUCUCCCCCACCCCACCCCUUGGGGGUUUCACGCGGGCAGCGCCCCGGAACCAAGGGCGUGUCAUCGGGUUUGGAAUCCACAUUUCAGCACUUCGGACAGCGCCCCGCUCGUCCGGACUCCUUGGGUUUUCAGGAUGGCGAGCCUGCAGCAGGGCGAGAAACAGCUGUUUGAGAAGUUCUGGAAAGGGACCUUCAAAGCAGUGGCCACUCCGCGUCCCGAGAGCAUCAUCGUUGCCAGUAUCACAGCCCGCAAGCCACUGCCAAGGACAGAGCCCCAAAGCAGUCUCUUGGUCCCAGCCCAGGAUGGACCUUCAGAAAAGUUGGGCCAACAUCUGGCCACUGAGACCUUUGGUGCCAACAGCUGGGAAAGAGAUAAGACCUGCAGGGAGCUGGGUCCUGCCCGAGCACACAGUGCCUCUCGAGAAAGAGACCUGACACCACCACCUUCCUCCAGGGGGAAAAAGAAAAAGAAGAAAUCAACCAGGAAGAAGAGAAGGAGGUCCCCAUCCUACAGCCCAUCACCAGUCAAGAAGAAGAAGAAGAAAAGCUCCAAGAAGCAUAAGCGAAACAGGUCUUUUUCCAAGAAGAGGAGACACAGCUCCUGUAGCCCUAAAAGCAAAAGACGGGAAGAGAAGAAGCACAAAAAACAAUCUCGAAGCCGGAAGUCUCAUCACCAUAGACACCACCAUUGCCCCUCAAGGUCUCAGAGCUCGGAACUGCGCUCUUCCAGCUGCGAGAGCAGGUACCGAGGUCGUUCUCCCGAGGAAGGGCGGAAAUCCCGCCGAGCACACUCCAGCCGCUGCUCCAAGAACCACUGCAAGGUCAGCCCAGAGGCCCGAUCCAGCCACCUGCCCAGCCAGCCCCUCCAGAGGCUCGGCUUCCUGUCAGCCAGGGGUGUAAUCUCUGGGUCGGGGUCUGCUGCUGACCUCUUUAGCAAAUCAACCAGCCCGCUCACCGCCUCCCGAGGACGCUCGCAGGAGUACGACUCGGGCAAUGACACGUCCUCGCCGCCCUCCACGCAAACCAGUUCCGCCCGGUCGCGGGGCCAGGAGAAGGGGAGCCCCGGUGGAGGUCUGAGCAAGAGUAGGGACCUCAACUGCGGCAACAGUUCCGAUUCAGGGAACUCCUUCACCACCUCCUCCCCCCAGAACAAGGGGGCUGUUCUGGAGACCGUCUCUCCCACCUGCAGGAGCAGUGAGUCAAGAGGAUUUCGGUCUCCAUGUCUACAGUGUGCUGAGGUGAAGAAGUCUAGUUUGGUCCCAUCCACAGCCCGGAGCUCCCCCAUCAAAGAGUGUUCCCGUAGCUCCUCCUACACCAGCACUCGAUCUUCCAGCCCCUCUUCCCGGUCCCCAAACCACAGAGCCUCCCCCAGGUACACCCGGAGCCGGUCCACCUCUUCUGAAAAAAGGUCCUACUCUCGCUCUCCCAGCUAUUCUUCCAAGUCUGGCAAGAGGAGCCCGCCUAGCAGAAGCUCUAGGUCUCGUCGCAGUCCCAGCUAUUCCCGCUACAGCCCCAGCAGGGAUCCCAAGUACGGUGAGAAGGAAUUGCAGCCCCGAGAGCGUGCACGCAGGAGGCGACGGUCCUACUCACCCAUGAGGAAGCGCCGGAGAGACUCCCCAAGCCACCUGGAGGCGCGAAGGAUAACCAGUGCCCGCAAACGCCCCAUCCCUUACUACCGACCCAGCCCCUCCUCAUCCAGCAGCCUCAGCAGCGCCUCCUCCUGGUACAGCAGCAGCAGCAGCCGCUCUGCCAGCCGCAGUUACUCCCGGAGCCGGAGUCCCAGCCGGAGCCGCAGCAGGAGCCAGACCAGGAGCAGCAGGACGCGGACCAGCCGCAGCUCCAGCUCUCGCAGCCUCAGCCUGGGCUCCCGGAGCCGUAGUCGGAGCCUGAGCUACAGCUCAGCGGAAAGCUAUGCCAGCACGAGACGCUAAGCAAGGGCACUCCUUUGAGCCAGCUGCCCGCCGGGACGACCCCUCUGUACUCUGCCUGUGUUCUUACUACCUGCUCUUCAUGCCAGCUCCCUGGUGACAGAUACGAAGGCUUUCUGGCUCAUGUCCUCUGUGCGUUCCUGGGAAGGUGGGACGGGAUACAGGGACUCCUGUUCCUUUGCCAAGCUGCUAGGAGCCUCUACCAGCAUCAUCCUGAGGGUCACCUGGGCCGACGGAGAAGGCCACCUGUGGAAAGCUACCAUCCAUGACUCAAAAGUUUAAGCUUGGCCAAGACACGCGGUGACAUGUUCCGCCCAUCCACUGCUCACAGGCUGUAUACUGGAGGCCAGGGUCGAUCCAUCCCUCACCCCGACCUCCUUCUCCCCGGACCCCAGUGUUGGAAAGAGAGGAGACCAAGGGUGAAGUCCAAGAAAAGAGCUUAGGGCUUUUCACCUCCCAACAUGGGCAAAGGCUGGGAGCUCCUGAGUCCUGCAGGGAGAAAGCAGACAUCAGCAGGGGAGGGAGAUGUGGGGAAGAUUGGACAUGGCAUCUGUAGUUAUUGCAAGCAGCAAAGAGUCAGGUAAUUUGCUCCCUAGUAUGUCAGCCUGGUCAGGGAAGGGACUGCAGCAGGUUCCAGCUUUGUGGAGACCCUUACAUAGGGCCCUGUAACCCCAUAAUGAUAAGAAGAUGAUGGAACAGCCAGCAUACCUUGGGCCACAGCCCUAUUCCCUAAAUUCACCUCAUCCCCAGUAGCUGGCACCAACGUGAUUCCACGGGACCAUCUGCUGAUCCUUCCCGCUGCUGUGGCUAGCAGCCAGCCUCCAGCGCCAGCCAGUCUGCCCUUGCCCUCCAGUUGGCGCCUGCCAGCCCCCUCCAUAUUGCCCAGACGGCCACACCCUGGAUUCUACCCAGGGCAGGCUGACACCUACCAUCUCACAUGGAGACCACUCUCCUUGCCUCUCAGGAAUUUUCUCAAGACGGGGACACUGCAUGUAGCUCAAUGUUGUGGGGAAUGACCGAAAUCCAGAGAGCCUGUUGAUAGAGGGACUUGAGGGGUCCCUGGCUCGGGGCUCCUGCUGGCUUCUGAGUUUGCUGUCAGCUUAGGAAAGUCAAUCAGUUGCUGCUGCCCUGGCUCUACCUUCCUCCUCCCUAGGGCAAGGGCAAGCUGCCCUCUGACACACAAACACCACCAGCUGCUUUGUCUGCAGGAGACAUUGGGAACAGGCAGGCCAGGGAGAUGGUCCUUAAAAUAAACCCACGGGCAUCCCCCUCACCAGCUGCCUGGCUUUCCAGAGUCUAGGAGGUGUUGAGUUUGUGGUGGCAACAGCUGAGGGCCAGGACAUGUGCAGAAAGAGGUUCUCUCCCCAACUCCGGACACCAGAACACGAUGGCUGCCACGAGCCAGCAUUGUUCAUCCCGCUUGCUCCAAGGAAAACAUCUGGAGGGGGUCCCAUCUUAAAAGCAAUGAUCGAUCCAUGCCAAUUUUUCCCAACCUAUCAGCCUAGGGGUCCAGCGAGCGCCAGGGAAGUUCGUUAUCUGGUAGGCAAUGAGGAGCACCUGUGGCCAUACUGGCUUUCCUACCAUGGCUUCCAGCCUAGACCAAAACUCCACCCACCAAGACUCAAGGAUGCCUAAGCUGACACCACAAAAGGCCGGAUAGCAGGUGCCUGGCACAGGAAUCGGUGCCCCCGGAGGGCAUGUACAGCAACUGUAAAUAACCCUCAUCCCUGCCGGGUUGCCAACCCCGCCUCAUCUCCCUCACGGAGACAGAGGCUUCCAGGAGCCACCGAACCUCCUCAGCAGGACAGCUUGUGAAGGCAUGAGAGCCUCUCUCAAAGACACAGACUAUCUUCAUUCAAACCACUCUAGGGGACCAUUUUGCCCAGGGCUCCUAGCAAACUUUUAUUUAAUCAUUUAUUUAUUUAUUUAUUUUUAUUUAUUAUUUAUGUGUUGAGCUCUUCUUUCUCACCAUUAGCAGUAUUUUUAUUUAUUUAUUUAUUUAUUUAUUUAUUCCGAGAGAUUGUGUAUCAAGAUAUGUGAUCAUGUGUAUGUAUUUGGUGGGAUGGUCUUCUAAAUUAUUUGUGCUUUAAAAAAAAAAAAUCCUGUUGCUAUGGCUGCAGUUGGAGAGGUCAGAGGCAUCUUGGUCUUUCCCAUGAAUGUUUUAAGCCCUGAACAUCCUGGAACUGACCGGGAAAUAUACGAGUCCCAAGGUUCAUUAUUCAACUUGCUGCCGGUGAGGUGCAGGUCUGUGCCUCGGCUCUUCAGACGCAUGCUGCACCACUACUGUAUCAGAAAGAUGAGGUCAGUCACAGAGUCCAUAAGCCUAAAUCCAAGGCUGGGGCCUGAUGCUAGAAUGUAGCUACGCAAACGUGAAAGAGUCAGGAAAUCUUUGGCUAACUGCUUAGAGUCAGAAUGCUGUGUCUCGGCCGGUCUUCAGAGACAUCAGUGGCACGCAUCAGAGGCCCUUACCUCGUGAUUGGGAAACCCUGUGGUAAGAAGGGUUCAAUACUUACUAGCAUGGCUCUUGGAGACAAGGUGUCAAUUUGAUGAGGUUUGAUUGAUGCUCACCGUGGGAGAGAAAGGCAGGACAAACCCAGGGAAGACAUGGUGCUCUUCCUGAUGUCAGCGAAAGGCACCUGCUUCUCCUCCUGCUCUCUAGUUCCCCUCCCCCAGCUUUGGAGGUUGGAAAACGUGCCUGUAUCGUCUGAAGUAGACAAACACUGUUUUGUGAAGAGGGCAGGGGCCAUCCUGGGAGACACCCAAACACCCAAAGCAAAUGCCCUUUUCCUGUGUUCCAUUUGGGAUAGCACAAAACAACUUCCAAGAUUAGACAAUAAAGUACAGAUGGAGGGACAGCCAGACGUCCCCAGAAAGGUCAUUUCUAAGCUCAUUCUGGGAACUAGGUCCUAGAGACCUUUAUCAGUUCUGCCUUCCUAACCAACUGGCAGUAACUCUGGCUGCAGGCUACAGCGAGCUCUUGCCCUUUCUGUGGUCAUUCUCCAUGGACUUUCAAGGUCAGCUUGCCUGGUCCAGUUGUGGAGUUAGUAAAGCUUUCGCUAUAUCCCUGACUCUUCUCUUUAACAUGGCUGUCAUACUCUAACUCAAGCAAGGCGUUAUUCUUCCCUUGGAAACAAUUGUCAGAAGCUGGUUUAGAUACCUGUAAGGCUAGGUGCACUGCCCUCCUCCUCCCCCUCCUCCUCCUCCUCCUCCUCCUCCUCCCCCUCCUUUUCCUCCUCCUCCUCCUCCCCCUCCUUUUUCUCCUCCUCCUCCUCCCCCUCCUUUUUCUCCUCCUUCAUCUGUCUUGCCCAUUCCUUUUCUCCCCUAUACUGCUUUGCUUUCCAAGCAAACAUGGAUCUCCUUCCAGGACACUGCUGACCUUGGCUAACUAGAACCAUGGAACUCUGGUCUAUCUAUCCACCUUACCCUCUUUACUUUCCGUUUCUGGGGAAUAACUCCACUUGGAAGCAAUCCACAGCCGUGUUUGUACAGUGGAUUAUCGUACUGUGUUGUGGAGACUGCUCACAGUGAAGGUGUAAUUCACCCACUAACAUCCAAAAUGGGUGAGAGUGUAGGCUGAGGUUUAGCAACAUGCUGCCAAAGCCCCUUGACCUUCCCGCUGUGCUGUGCUCCUCAUGAGUGCAAUAGGGCUAAUUAUCACCUUACUGCGGAUCAGGGUUCCCACUUAGUGAGGUGGGGUAGUUGGCAAAUAAUUCGGAUGUUGGCCUGAGGCCCAAGGGAGCCAACAAACACAAUGAGUUCCACUGAGACUCGGGAAGGAAAGGGGUUUGAAGUGCUAUAAGGAGAUUCCUAGGAAUAGCUAAAAAUAGCACCUGACUCCCUACUGGGUGACUAGAAAGUGGACUAACCCCAUCCAUGUCUACCAAAGUUGGACUUCAUUCUAGGCUCUCUUUGAGACCUCCUUAGAAGGCGACUCUGCUUUUCUGGAACAGAAUAAAAUGGAGAUGUUGGGGAGGAGUUUGGGUCUCGGCCUCAGAGAGCCCCUAUUCUUACAUUUCUCAGCCCCGUUCUCUUUCCCAGAAGGGUUUGCUUAAAGAAGUACAAGAUUGGGGUGCUACCAGAGGUGGAAAAAGCAAUGAGUUGUCUUUCUCAAGGUCAGCUUCCAACUUUUCUGCCACAUUUCUUCUUCUUUGGUGCUGGGGUAGAACCCAAGUGCUCCUGCACGCUCGUCAAGUGCUCCUGCACGCUCAUCGAGUGCUCCUGUACGCUCAUCGAGUGCUCCUGCACACUCGUCAAGUGCUCCUGCACGCUCAUCGAGUGCUCCUGCACGCUCAUCAAGUGCUCCUGCACGCUCAUCAAGUGCUCGUGAACGCUCAUCAAGUGCUCGUGAACGCUUGUCAAAUGCUCGUGCACACUUUUCGAGUGCUCAUGCAUACUUGUCAAGUGUUCUAGCAAAUAGGUCACACCCUCAGCCCUGUGCUAGGUUCCCUUUGCCCCUUCUCUUCUGUGUGUAUCCUGAAUAGUCUCAUGGGCAUGUGUCUGUCACUUUGGUUUCCCUUCUGAUGGAGAAAAAAUUUGAUUUGAUAUUAAAAUGGCACAUGUCCCCCUCCUCCACUAGCCAGCCCACCAGAGACUUGGGCCAGACACAACGUCACUGCACAACACUUUAAAGAACUCUAUCCCUUCUCCGUUCUGCACUGAUGAGCCAAUGGCAUUGACACCAUCAUCACCAACCUUCUGCAACUUCUUUUUCUGUUUGUGUGUUUGGGUUUUGUUGUUCCUCUCUGUUUUCAUUUUGUGAGUCGAUUUUUGGCUUUAUUCCUUUCUUUUUUGGUGGUUGUCAUUUUGCAUUGUAAAUACCAUGAUGUGAGGCUGUCCUUGGAACAUGACUUAUUUAAUAAUUUAUUAUUAUUUCCUAUUUAUUGAGUGGUAUUGGGAAGGGAGGGGAGCCAGCCCUCCCCUUGGAUUGCCACUGGAAACUAUCCAUCUGUCAGCUCUGGGUGCUGCUGUCGGUAAUGGGGGAAUUAUCACCCAGGCAAUGAAUGCUGGAGUCACCAGAGAAUUGGAACCGGCAGAAACAGAGGCCCCCAUCAUACAAAUUAAGCCCAAAUGGAGCUAAAACGCUGGUUAUCUCCUGAAAACCUCAUUUAGAUGGAAAUUAAUUGAAGAACUCAAAUGCCUGUA